AAAACAAAUGUGACUCCAGCCAGCGUUGGCAGAACGCAGAGUGUUGGACACACGUGGCUUCUUCAGCUCUGUCGUCAACAAAUACACUCACCGCAAUAACAAACACAACUCCAGAAUCUAUUUUUCGUCACGUUUCUUCUAUAUCCUUCGCUUUCAAUCAAUUAGGUCAAGGAUUUCGUGUGGAAUCUGAGCGAACUGGAUAAGGAAUGCAGUCAAAUACAAAUCGGAUAAAAUGAUGCAAGAACUUGCCUGUGUGAGUUCAACAGAUAAAAAUGGGAGCACUCCAGUGAAGGAUGUAUCCAAUGACACCAAUCUUUCUAAGAUUGAUGACAAAGAUGUUUUAAAACAUUUUACAAGAGGCUCAGAAGAUGUUGAAGAGACAAAGCCAGGUGAUUCGAAAGGCGGAGAAAAUCGUCCAAAGGGUACAUCUCUUGAGGAGAGUGAUGUAUCCGGGGAUGUUAACAUGGAGGCAUCCAUAACACCUGAUGAUGUAAUUCGAGCUGGGGGAUUUGGUGCCAGAGAUGAUAUCAGUAGCUUUCUUCCUGUUGCAAGCGAUUCAACUGACUUUGAAGCUUCAAUCCGUGAUGCAAGAGACUACGAGGAACCACAGGGUAAAGUAAGCAGGCCCGGACUUGGUUGGACUGGUGCGACUAAGGGUGAAUAAUUAUUGUCACUAUUGUAUGCACUUAUAUUUGCAACUCAAUGAAUCAUGUAAUAUCGAGAAAAUAACUUGUUAAAAAUACUAUUAAAAGAUCUUUGUAAAUAUAGUUUGUCUUUUACUGUUUUUAUUCUGAAUGACAAAUAUUAGUACUA